GAAUGAACGCUGCUGUGCGAGCCGUGGUCCGAAUGGGGCUGUACGUGGGCGCUAAAGUUUAUUUUAUUCACGAGGGGUAUCAGGGAAUGGUGGAUGGAGGGGACAACAUAAGAGAAGCCACAUGGGAAAGUGUCUCCAGCAUGCUGCAAGUGGGCGGGACCGUCAUCGGCAGCGCCCGCUGCAAAGACUUCCGCAGCCACGAGGGCCGCCUGAAGGCAGCUCACAACCUGGUGCAGCGCGGCAUCACCAACCUGUGCGUGAUCGGCGGCGACGGCAGUCUGACGGGAGCCAACCUCUUCAGGGAGGAAUGGAGCGGCCUGCUCACCGAGCUGGUGGAGCAAGGUCUGAUCGAAGCCGACGCCGUGCAGAAGUACACGGCGCUGCACAUCGUGGGGAUGGUGGGCUCCAUCGACAACGACUUCUGCGGGACGGACAUGACGAUCGGCACCGACUCGGCGCUGCACAGAAUCAUCGAGGUGGUGGAUGCCAUCAUGACGACUGCACAGAGCCACCAGAGGACGUUCGUGCUGGAGGUCAUGGGCAGACACUGCGGCUACCUGGCCCUGGUGAGCGCGCUGGCCUGUGGCGCAGACUGGGUGCUGAUCCCCGAGAUGCCUCCGGAGGACGGCUGGGAGGAGAAGAUGUGCGAGAAACUAUCUGCGACCCGGUCCAGGGGAACACGGUUGAACAUAAUCAUAGUUGCAGAGGGAGCCAUUGACAGGCAUGGGAAACCUAUAACUUCCGGUAUUGUCAAGGAUCUUGUUGUCAAAAACUUGGGUUUCGACACACGAGUCACCAUCUUGGGGCACGUGCAGCGAGGAGGGACGCCGUCCGCUUUCGACCGCAUCUUGGCCAGUCGUAUGGGGGUGGAGGCCGUCCUCGCCCUUCUGGAGACCACCGCCAACACGCCGGCCUGCGUGGUCUCCCUGUGCGGGAACCAGUCGGUGCGCGUCCCUCUCAUGGAGUGUGUGCAGACGACUCAAGAGGUCCAGAAGGCCAUGGACCAGAAACGGUUCGAGGAGGCCGUUAAGCUUCGGGGCAGGAGCUUUGAAAACAACCUGAGGACGUACAAACUGCUGGCUCACCGCAAACCCGAAUCGGAGCUGCCAGUCAGCAACUUCAACGUGGCGGUGCUGAACGUGGGAGCCCCGGCAGCAGGCAUGAACGCCGCCGUGCGCUCAGCCGUCAGGGUGGGGAUUUCCGAGGGCCACAAGAUGUUUGCCGUCAGCGACGGAUUUGAAGGAUUUUACAAAGGGCAGAUUAAGGAGAUCAAGUGGGGCGAUGUCGGAGGCUGGACCGGACAGGGUGGCUCCCUGUUGGGAACUAAAAGAACGCUUCCUGCAAAGCAUGUUGACAAAAUUGCUGAGCAGAUGCGAAAGCACAACAUAAACGCUCUGCUGGUAAUUGGCGGAUUUGAGGCCUUCCUGUCACUGCUGGAAUUGUCAGCGGCUCGUGGGAAAUAUGACGAGUUCUGUGUGCCCAUGGUCAUGGUCCCGGCCACGGUCUCCAACAAUGUGCCUGGCUCAGACCUCAGCAUUGGCGCUGACACGGCUCUGAACGCCAUCACUACUACAUGCGACCGCAUCAAGCAGUCGGCCAGCGGGACCAAGAGGCGCGUGUUCAUCAUCGAGACCAUGGGGGGCUACUGCGGCUACCUGGCUACGGUGGGAGGGCUGGCCGCGGGGGCCGACGCGGCGUACAUCUACGAGGAGCCGUUCGACAUCAGAGAUCUGCAGGCUAAUGUUGAACAUCUGACAGAGAAAAUGAAGACCAGCAUUCAAAGAGGACUGGUGCUCAGGAACGAGAACUCCAACGUGAACUACACAACGGACUUUAUCUACCAGCUGUAUACGGAGGAAGGCAGGGGAGUGUUCGACUGCAGGAAGAAUGUGCUGGGACACAUGCAGCAGGGAGGAGCGCCGUCCCCGUUCGACCGGAACUUCGGCACCAAGAUCUCCGCCAAGGCCAUGCAGUGGCUCUCCCAAAAGCUGGUGGAGACGUACAGAAAAGACGAAGGCCGGGUGUUCGCCAACGCCGAGGACUCCUGCUGCCUGCUGGGGAUGCACGCCAGGGCUCUGGUCUUCCAGCCGGUCGUGCAGCUCAAGGACCACACUGACUUCGUGCACCGGAUCCCCAAGGAGCAGUGGUGGCUGAAGCUGCGUCCUCUGAUGAAGAUCCUGGCCAAGUACAAGACGAGCUACGACGUCUCCGACUCGGGGCAGGUGGAGCACGUCAUACACAGCCGACCCAAAGACUCGGACGCCUCCGUGGCCAUGUAAAGGCCCUCGCCCCGCGCGCGUCCCCCCCGUGUGCGAGACCUGCCCGUUUGAGCUGUUAGUCCAGAUGUUGUGAUGGAAGCCCAGUGAAACGCUGACCUUGUUUUGGCCACAUGUUGUGUUCAUUUCCUGUGUCUGUCCCCCCGCCCCCCCACCCAGCUUCACUCAUUCCCAUUCUACCGUCGGAUCCCGGCCGGUGAAUCUUAACCCGGCCCCCGCAGUACUCCAGAUGUUACACAGAUACAGCAGCCUCGCCAUGCAUAUGCGUGUUUCCCGUCGCCCUGGUUGUUUAGUGUUGUUGUUGUUUUUAAAUUGCACUUUCUCUGUCUCAAGUUGCGUAGACAGGCUCUGAUUGCAGAGCUGCACAAGGACAGAAUAGACACUUUAUCUGCAGUACGAACCAGAGCGUGUGUCUGCCUAGCACAAGCAUGGGCUUCAGCAUAUUUAUGAGACUGACGCAACGCCGUUCUACUGCUGCGAGUCAACUGUGUGCUGUGCUUUACACAGAGAACUAAUAUUUAUAUUCUUAACAUUGUUUAUUUUGCUUGUAAACACAGUUCUAUUAAUAAUUGUACUGUAGGCAAUGCCGUAAUGAGUAGUUGUCUGUCAUUGAUCCAACGAGUUUCAUGUGUACGGGAGCAAAGUUUACCACCGAAUAAAAUCCGACUUGACAAGUGUAACCUA